AUGCUUCGAUCCGCCUCCUACCAAGACAGCUGGGAACCCAUCAAGUCCGAUAUCACCCGCCUCGUCACAAGGCCUCUCUUCUGGCUCAUGGGAGCUUUUGCUUGCGUAGUUUCCGCGGCUGCCUAUCUGCCUGGCAUUCUCUGGGUAACCUGUGCGCCUCUGCUGCUGAGAAAUUCCGACUUCUUCACAUGGGCAGUCGAGGAGAACCCAAAGAAAUUCAAAGGACGCAUCGUAUGGGUGACAGGCGGCAGCACCGGCAUAGGCUUGGCAAUCUGCAAGCAGCUCUCUCUUCGCGAUUUAAAGGGUUUAAUCAUAACGGGGAGAUCGCUUGCCCGUCUGGAGACGGCUCGAAACGCGAUCCUAGCGUUCUCUCACUCCCAGGGGGGACGAAUGAAGGAAGAGGAUAUCCUGCUGCUUCCUCUAGAUCUUUCCAAAGGCAUCCGAGUACAGGGCAGGGGAGCUGACGACGCUCCCGAGAUGCAGGAGGCUUGGGAAGAAACUAUUCACAAGGCAGUCCACUGGAGAGGAGGCGUCGACAUACUGUUCAAUAACGCCGGCCGCCUAGCGAUCGGAUGCUUGCCACCAACGGAGACAUUUGCCGAGAUCAUGGAUGCAAAUUUCCUCUCUGCCCUGUCGAGCUCCACCCUCUCUGUACCUUCUUUCCUCUCUCUACCAUCCCCUUUCUCUCUUUCCUGGCUGGACGUUGACGUGGCAGCGUCGCUUAUUAUUCGUGCCGUAUCCAGGAAUCUCGAGGAGGCCUGGAUGGCUGUACCUACUGGUUUGCUGCAGAUGUACAUCGGGUUCUAUCUUCCGCAGUGUGUGCGCUGGGUUCGUCGCUUUUCCGCCAAAAAAGAAUGCGCUUUGAGCAGUGAAUACAGAGAGGCUGUCGUCUCCCAGCUGACAGGUUGCACCAGCAGCAGCGACGGUGCGGCGAAGCAAGCCAAGUAA